GACGCCGCCACCGCCGCCGCAGUGCAAUGAACGCCAGCCUCAUCUAUGAGAUACUCAUGUAUCUGAAUUCAUUCUAUUUCGGCAUGUACGCCGCCUUCGAGGUGGGCGUGGGCGUGCUGAAGGCAAUCAAUCUGAACUACGGCGAGAAUGUGUUGUCGCGGGAGGCGUCCAUACUGCUCUCGCUGUGCAUUAUUGAGACCCUACGCAUUGUCUUUGGCCGCAAGAGCAGUCUCAGCGAUCGUGGAUGGCAAGCAACCGCAUCCGUAAUAUUAACACUGCCCAGUCUUGCUAUUGUUAUAUAUUUGUGUUGUUUUCAAACCUAUGUUCUCAAACUCGAAAUGAUUCUGAGUGCCUUAAUGAUCACCCUACAAGGUGCUGAACUAGUCUAUGCCAGCAUAUUCAUUUGUACAAUGUGUCGACCCGUAACAUACACCUAGCAGUUGAUGUACCACGUUGUCAACGACGACGACAACGACCACGACCAAGCCAUUAUCAUCAGCACUAGCACUAGCUCGACGAGAGGAAGCAGCGGCCGACGAGGCAGAGCGACGAGGAAGACGAGAGGUGGCUUGCUCCUGGCACUACUCCAUCAGACGUCUAGACAAUUUAGACCACUUUAACUUUAAUGCAAACGAGAUAUUACAACCAAUACAUGAGAUACGCUGGCGUAUUGCUGUGUGUGCCCUGUGUCCAUGAACCA